GGUUUGCGAAGGUUGUGAAGAUCGCCAAGUCGCCGCCUUUCCGUGUACUUCUUCACCUUGAUCCAUUCCCUUCAACAUUCCAGAUUUCUUCGAUUCCUUCGUUAUUUCUUUGUUUGCCAUCCUUCAUUCGUUCUGGAUAUUUCAGCACCAUGAUAUCCUGUUGACAUGGCACUAAAGAAUGGCCUACGUUCGUCCCGCAAUCAGCCAUGUGACUCGCCUCGCUCGUCCGUCUCAGAGAGAUUGAUUUCAUGGAAGAAGCUACUGUUUGGAAGCAAGAAGAAGGCCCUGUCAUUUGAAUCUAUAGUCAACGGCUGCACUUGUUCGCCAUGUGGAUUGGUCGAUUUUAUGAAUUACCUUAUUUACGUUGAACGCGCAGCAGAAAAUCUUCAAUUCUACCUAUGGUAUCAGGAUUAUAUCCAGCGCUUUGCGGCCCUGUCUGAAUCCCAGUGGGCAUUGUCACCGCCGUGGUCGGAAGAACAGCGAAAAAAAGUGAUUAAACUCAACAAUCAAGCAAAGGAGAGAGCGAAAUGUGCCCCUUCUAUUGUUGGCGCUUUUAUGGCUACUCCAGCCUUUCCAGCUGUCGCUGAAACAGAACUUGACGAUUUGACUCCCUUUGCAACUCGGCCCAAUAGCUCGCAUAAUGACUUCGAAAUCAGCAGUCUUUCCCGCGGUGACUGGUUUGAAUGGGAUGGAGGGUUGAAGGCAUCAGAGGAGUCAAUCGAUGAAUCAAGCGCCUUUGAUGGUAUAAAUCCUCUCGAGCCAUUUACUAUCCAACCACAUCGCAAGGAAAUAAAUCGAAUUAUCUCUACCUACAUCUUAGAUAAUGCACCCCGGCAACUGAAUCUGACAUCUAUAGAACGCACCAUAGUUAUGCAAGCGCUAUCGGCCACGACUCACCCAUCCGCUUUCGCUGGUGUACUCCAGGAAGUUGAAUGGAAUCUACGACAGCAAUCCCAUCCACAGUUUCUCCGAUGGUCACUAAACAAUAGCAACCACAGCCGCCUACUAUGCGCUCGCGUACUCAGCACGGUUGUUAUUGCCUUCGGGUUAGCUUUGGCCAUUGUCUUGGUAUUUAGCAAGGUGCACCGCGGCUGGAGGAUGUUUUCUGCCUUACUUCUUUUUCCUGGAAUCGCGUCAUUGAUUGCCGCCAUGGAAGGAACUUGCAUGCUAUUUCUUUGCUUUUAUAAACGCCAGCUACAUCCCUGGGAGAUUUAUAACGCGACCGAUGAGGUCCCAACGAACUCCUGCCAUCUUGAUAAGAAAGCAUUCGAUGCCUUUGGGUCGUCUAAUUCUUACGAAGAUGAGCCCUGGAUCCGGAAAAAUCAAAAAAGAGGCUUCUUCAGCAAAGUUCUUGAUCCGCCAGUACGAAUCCAAGAUCCAACCCUCUGUCAACUUCAAACCAUGACUAUCAUACGCUCCACGACAGUCGGAACCGCGAUAACCGUCAUUCUAAUCGGCAUUUUUAUGACCUUGCCUAAUGGGAACUAUUUCUAA